AUGAACGCGUCCACGAUCGACUCCCUCGUGCGCACGAUCCGGUUCCCCGACCAGCUUGCCCGUGUCUUCACCGACUUUGUCGGCGUCGUCGACGAGCCGCAGCAGAUCGAGCUGCUUGAUGCGUUGACCUUCAUGGUCAAGCACGAGGCGGCGAACGCGCAAGCGUGCAUCCAAGUCACUUUCCACCGCCAAAUCGUCGCUUCUCUCGAAGCGCAUGCGCUCCUCCUCGGCUUCUCGCGGCCCAUCUUGAAGAAGAUCCUGGCGCUCUUGAUGCAGAUUGCGCAGUACUCGGCGACGGCCGACGAUAUCCGCGCGACGCUGCAGGUGUUCCAGUCGUCGCGGAGGUGCCCCCCGAGACAACGCGGUCGCGACCUUUAUCGCGUCCAAGGAAUGAUGGCCCGGAGCGCGCCAGGGCCGUCGUGGUACCUCGACCUCUCGGGCGACCAGUCGGGCUUUGGCGUGCCCUCGAUGGAGACGGUCACGUUGCCGCCGUCCGGCUACACGCCCUCGAUGUGGAUCCGCGUCGAGUCGUCGCCAGGGAUGAACUCGCCCCUGUUUCGUUUUGGUAUUGAGAAGGACACCGAAGGCAACGUCGGGGUCGAAGUGAGCGUUAUGGACACGACGCUCGUCGUCACGAGCUUGGACGUCAAGAAGAACGAGUACAACGAAGCUCAAGUGCCCAACGCUCUCGUCAAGCACCAUUCUCUGUAAAAAGUCGGAAUCGUAUACGUCAUCUACAAUUGAGGGCGGAUUCAGGAUCCGACUUUCUCCCUUCCAACAAUUUUAAAUAUCAUACAAAUUUCA